GUACGACCACGACGUGCGCCGCGAUACUUUAGCUGAUUCCGCACGGCGAGCCGCUGCACUACGGUCCCUGCGCGCCCUGCAAGAGUCCUCGGCCGCUCCUGCACCGCGCCCCACGAUCUCCGAGGAUCCUCGGACUUGGCCCAACCGCGGUGAUCUCCUCAUGUCCCCCGAAGCUGCGUCCGCCGCGCCGGAUAACCACUCCAGGCAGAGGCACGCCCGCGCCGCUACCAUAGCGGGCACCGUGCGCACCGCGUCCCAGCGCUCCGACACCGACGCCGGCAGCGGCGAGGGCUCCAGUCGCCCGCCCGCCAAACGCGCCCGCAAGCCGAUCAACUGCGAACCAUGCCGGGCGAGCAAGCUCAAGUGCGACCGGAACCGGCCGUGCUCGUCAUGCGUCCUGCGAGGGACGUCGUCGAUGUGCUAUCAGGACGGCUCUGCGCCGGACCAGAGCGAGGCGGGGCGGAGCAACCCUCAACGGGUCCGCGUAGAUCCUGUGACGGAGUUUGCCCGCGUCAGACGGUCGCUCGCGCUGCUCGAGCAGUAUGUUCUCACUGGCCGCCAGCCCAGUUCCCCACAGCCGGAUCACGAGCUAUCUUUGAUCUCCUCCCCCGCGGACCAAACCGACCGAGUCGCCAAAUCCGAGCCUCCGGAUGCCCCCGCCGUCCUCCAGGACAAGGCCCCGGGCACGCUGCACCGCCAGCCAGGCGGUCUGUACGCGGGCAGCACCUCCGUCGCCACCCAUCUCGCCUCGGCGGAGUCGCGAGAAAGCGCGACCAGCUCCGAACGCUCGAGCGAAGAGCCCGAGGUACCACAGUCCGACUACGAUCGGGAUCUGAUCGCCCUCCUGCCACCCGCAUCGGUCAUCGACAAGCUGAUUUCGUACUAUUUCAAUUAUUGCAACUGGAUAUACCGUCACGUCAACCAGCCCGCAUUCUUGACGGCGUGGGCCGCUUUCAAGGGUGGUCAGUCCAGCGACCGAAUCACGCUCGCGACCGUCUGCGUCAUCCUCGCCAUCGCCACGUAUUAUCUUCCGAAGGGCCACGAGUAUGCCCGGUACGCGACCAGCGUCGAGGAGGACCACGGCUCGGAAUAUUACGAUGUCAUGCGCCAGGCCCUUGAUAGGCACCGCUCCGCGAAUCAAAAAUACACCAUUGAACUCGUCGAGCUCCUGCUCGUCCGCUCCCACUACCUCUACCUUUCCAAGAGCAAGGGCGAGGAGGUAUGGCAGAUCCGCGGCGAGCUGCUCACCAUUGCUACCGCCAUGGGCCUCCACCGUAAUCCGGACCGCCGCCUUCCCGUAGAUUUCGCGGAACGCCGACGAUGGGCCUGGUGGCAUAUCCUGCUUCUCGAAAGGUGGCAAGCCUUUAUGUUCGGCAGGCCUAUAGGCAUCGCGAAACAUCACUUUGACACCGACCUGCCGUCUUACUGCAAUCCUGCCAUCGAUCCGACGGGCAGGCUAUACCUCCCUAACCUUGCCAUCAUCCGACUGGCGUAUAUCCUAGGCGACAUCAUGGACGACGCCGUUUCGCUCCGCCCGGUCUCGCACGACAGAGUGAUGGCCAACGACCACAAGCUGCUCGACUGGCACGACUCGCUUCCGCCCGAACUCCUCCUCGACUCGCUCAGCGUCGCCCGUUCACUGGCCUCGCUAGACACCAGUCACCGCAGGCUGGGCGUGCAGAGCGUUAUCAUCCGCGUCGCCUACCUUCACAUUCGCUUCACGCUCCACCGACAGUACGCAGCCAAGGCCGUCUUGCUCGCGAGUCCGAACCCGGAUGACCACGGAGGGGAGGAGAGGCGCGAGGCAGCGCAGAGCCUGGAUAUCGCCAUACAGGCGGCGGACGAGCUCGUCAGCAUGGUCGUCCAAGCCCGCCCCGACUUCCUCGCCAACUCGGAGCUGGCGGUACCAGGGCAUCUUAACUGGGCCCCGUUCCAUCUUUUUUCGGCGGGAAUGUUCUUUUCCUUCCAGCUCAUCUCGAACCCCGAUGGACCUCAGGCCGGACUCCUUCGUUCGAACAUCAAGCGAAUCGUGGACACGCUCAUACAAUCUCAGACCAUGUCGGUCGCGGACAAGUCCUUAAGGAUAUUGCAAGCGCUCUCACCCUUGUACUCGGACGAGUUUCGCUCCUUGUCUCCGCAAGAACGUAACCACAAAAAGUCGCAGGUGUUGUCUGUGGUCAAGAAGCUCGCUUUCCCGUACCACGAUUCGGCCAAGCAUCUCCGACAGUCGGCUACCUCACCGAGCGGAGGAUCGGGCUCGCCGUCGACGUCCUCUUCCACCAUCUCCCCUGCCGGCAGAGGCUCGAUCUCGCUUCCUGCGUCGCAUACUUCUGUUUCGUCUUCUAUUCCGUCUUCGGGCCCGACGCCGCCGCAUACGUCGCGGAGACCGUCAAAUACACCGACGCCUCGGCGUCCCGAGCAACGGAGCCCACGCAGCGCCAAGCAUGCCCGGCGUCACUCGCCUCCCCUCGCCGGUUCUUCCCAACAGCCACACCACUACCAGCACCAGAUGUCACCCCCGACGCCGUCUCAGCCUCAGCAUCCGUAUUCGUCGCCCCCAAUGGCCGGCGCCACACCCGUGCCAUCGCAUCCACAUUCGUCGGGCGCGGGGCCCUCGUCCGCCUUCACGUAUCAUCACGCCGCACCCCCGCCGCAGCAUAUGGGCAUGCAAGCCUCGGCGUCGAUGCCGUCGAUGGGUGGCGGUGGAUACGAGCCGCACGUGAUGGCUUCUCAGUCGAUGGGCAAUAUGGCUCAACAGGCGGCCUACGCUGCGCCUCAGCCCCAGGACUACGGCGGCAUGAACGGCCAGGCGUACGGCCAGAGCUUGCGCCACAACAUGACGUUCGAUGGGCAGGGCGUCCCCGCGCCCGAGUUGGGCCCCGGCAUGGGCAUGGUCUGGGGCGCGAACGUGGGCUUUGCGGAGGGCGAAUGGUCGCAAUUUCUGUCGACGAUGGAACAGGACUUUGGAAGUUUGCCUCAUUCUUAA